CCACUAUAUUUAGUCUCUGCAGAAAGCUGAACACCAAACCUUCUCAGCACAAACCAAAAUGGCAGCCAGGAGCUCCCUCCAUCCUUCCUCCAUGGCCAGCAUCCCAAGAUUAAUUGGCACCAGGAAGGCAGCCCUAAGGUUCAGAGCUCCUGCCCAUGGCGGCACCAGCUCAUCACAGCUUUCCAUCGCUGCAGCAACUGCUAACAAGAAGGUGUUUGAGGACCAGUUGAGAGGGAUUGUGUGCUACAGAGAUGACAAGGGAGAGAUGGUCUGUGAAGGGUAUGAUGAAGGUCCAAGGCUCGGAAUGCGGCUGCCGGAGAAGGCCUGCUUCCCAUGGCCUAUGGAGGUUCAGAUCACUGAUUUCAUUGAGCUGGCGACGUUCCGGGUCUUCGAAGAUGCCGAUGUUCUUCAGAUCAAGAAUGAUCAGAAGAGGCAGAUCUGAGAAGAACUGAUCAAUGAUCAUGUAGUGCAAGGCAGUAGUUGUAUAGAAAUGCUCAUGUGUAAGAAUAAUUUUCAAGGUAUGGAAUUCAAGUACACUGAAGAGGCAGUUCUGAUGUAGUUCUGUACCCUCUCUCUCUCUCUCUCUCUCUCUCUCUCUCUCUAUAUAUAUAUAUAUAUAUAUAUAUAUAUAUAUAUAUAUAUAUAUAUAUAGUUUGGCUAAUUUUUCAGAUUUAGAAUUCUGUGCUUUUAAAAACAGUAAAUUGGUUCAUGGAGAACUUGUAAAUUUGUCCUUGUGAAGCAAUCAAGAUUCAGAACAGAUAUUCUGACC